AUGGGAAUGGAUCCUUUGCACACGCUCGUCGGGCGUGCCGACUCCUGUGCGACAGGGAACUCCUUCGAUGGCCGUAUCGGCUUACGCAUCUCAUCUAUCUUUGUCAUCCUGGUCGCGCGGAGGGGUCCCCGAAUGGUCAUUCUUUAUCGCCAAAUACUUUGGCUCUGGUGUCAUCGUCUCAACUGCCUUUAUCCAUCUUUUGGCGCCGGCGAAGAAGCAUUGACCAACCCAUGUCUGACCGGCCCCAUCACGGAAUACAGCUGGGUCGAGGGCAUCGUCCUGAUGACAAUUAUUGUCCUCUUCUUCGUCGAGCUGAUGGUCAUGCGGUUCUCGCGGUUUGGGGCAGGUCAUGUGCACGAUGAAGAGGGUCACUCUCACACACAACUUGAGAACACUGAGCCCGAGGCUGCUGUGGUCACUGAAACCAAGAGUUAUAUCCCCGGUGAAGAUCACCUGGGUCACACACGGGAACACCACGACGCCGAUGACUCGGAGAAUGCCAAGACCGCCAUUGAAGACUAUGCGGCGCAACUAACCUCCAUCUUCAUCCUUGAAUUCGGAAUUAUUUUCCACUCGGUCUUCAUUGGUCUCACGCUCGCUGUCUCCGGCUCCGAGUUCACAACCUUGUACAUUGUUCUCGUCUUCCACCAAACCUUUGAAGGUCUCGGUCUGGGUUCUCGGCUGGCACUGGUCCCUUGGCCCAAAUCCAAACGCCACACACCAUGGUUCCUCGGACUGGGCUUUGGCAUCUCCACCCCGAUCGCCAUUGCCAUUGGCCUUGGAGUCCGCCAGAGCUACCCACCUGAGGGACGAACAACACUGAUCGUCAACGGCGUGUUUGACUCCAUCUCCGCCGGCAUCUUGAUCUAUACCGCCCUGGUGGAGCUGAUGGCGCACGAGUUUAUGUUCAGCCACUCGAUGCGCAAGGCUCCUAUCCGGGAAGUGCUGGCCGCCUUCAUCCUUCUGUGCCUCGGAGCUGCCCUCAUGGCUCUGCUGGGUAAAUGGGCAUAG